AUGCCCAUACCCGCGUUCGGAGCGGCCCUACCGCCCUCUCUUGGAGACGCUUUAACGCCAGACUUGCCUCUGAUAUCCUUGGCGGGCCAACAGCCACCCCACUUCGUGCCGGCGCUGCAGGCGUGGUGGGUGAUCUCCUUCGACGAGGUGCAGCGACAUAACACGAGGGAGGACUGCUGGGUCGUCAUCGAGGGACAGGUGUAUGACGUGACACGCUUUUUGGAGGACCACCCUGGGGGCAUUGCGAGUAUUCUGAGGAUGGCGGGCAGUGAUGCGACCGAUAUGUUCAAGCCUAUUCACCCACCAGGUACGCUGGACCUUCUGGAUCCAGUUAUGCACCUAGGUCCCAUCGACCUUGAGACACUUCCGAAGCUGGAGUUGUCCGAGCAGAAAAAGCUUGAGCUGGCGCGGAUCGAGGCUGCUCGGAAGGCGCUUCCUCCACCCGAUGCCGCCGUAAACCUCGCGGAUAUCGAGAAGCUCGCUAAGACGGUGUUGACCAAGACUGCAUGGGCGUACUAUCGGAGUGCGGGGGAUGACGAGUAUACCUACAGAGAAAAUAUUGCUUCAUUCGGACGCUUCUGGUUUCGACCUCGAGUGCUGAACAAAGUCUCCCAGAUUUCGAUGGAGACGACGCUCUUCGGAGGUAUAGCCUCCAGCAUACCCGUGUAUGUCUCCCCGUCUGCAAUGGCGCGCCUGGGUCAUCCGGAUGGAGAGAUGGAGAUUACACGCGCAUGCGCGAAGGAGGGGGUCAUACAAGGGGUCAGCGCGAACGCGAGUUGUAGUCUGGACGAGAUCAUGGGCGCUAAGGCGGAGGGGCAGGAGCUCAUUUACCAGCUGUACAUGAACCGCAGCCGCCAGAGAUCUCGCGAAAUUAUUGAGGCAGUCGAUAAGAUGGGCUUUAAAGGCAUUAUGUUGACUGUAGAUGCGCCGGUACCAGGCAAGCGAGAGAGGGACAUUCGAGCGCAGGGGGAAGACUUUCAAGGGCCGUCCGAAGGGAAAGCAGAGGGCAAGGGAGUCGCACAGUCCAUUUCGGGGUAUCAAGAUCCAGAUGUCAAUUGGGCCGAUAUCGCGUGGAUAAAGGGUAUAACGAAGCUCCCCUUGUACAUUAAAGGAAUCCAGUGCGUGGAGGAUGCUGAAAAAGCGUACGAACAUGGUGUAGAUGGGGUCAUUAUUUCCAAUCAUGGCGGGCGGCAACUCGACUUUGCUCCUGGCGCAAUGACAGUCCUAUACGAUCUGCACCAGCGUCGACCGGACCUGAUGCAGAAAAUGGACGUCUACAUAGAUGGAGGCAUCCGGCGAGGCACCGAUGUCCUGAAGGCACUUUGUCUGGGAGCCAAAGGUGUCGGCCUCGGGCGGCCAGUUCUGUACGGCAACGGCUGUUGGGGAGAACCGGGCGUGCGGCGGGUAUUCCAGAUUAUGCGGGAGGAAAUUGCCACUACCAUGCGUCUGCUUGGAGUAACGCGCCUUGAGGAUCUCCGGCCGGAGAUAAUUCGUUAUGUUGAUCGUGAUCCUGUUCCUGUUUGCGCUGGAGAGGAGUCUGGCAGAAUGAAGUGA